AUGGGUAACUCCUCCAGGAAGGGAGAGGGUGAGGAGGAAGAGGAGGGGGCGAAGGAUGGCGAGGAGGCAGAAAUCACAGAGAAGAUGAAAGAAGAGGAGGUGGAGGUGGAGGAAGAGCUACCGCUGGGGGUGGAGGAGUUGUUCGAGAGUGGAGAUCCCGUUCUGGACUUGAGCUACCGUAAAUUUAAGCGCUUGCCGUCCCGUGUUAGUGGACUGCUGCAUCUGGAGAAGCUGUACGUCUGUGGAAACAGUCUGCGCACUCUGCCGGAUGCCGUCUCCCAGCUGCAAGGCCUGCGGAUCCUCGCCCUCGACUUCAACAAGAUGGAGGACGUCCCCCCGGCCGUCUGCCAGCUUACUAACCUCACCCGCCUCUACCUCGGCAGCAACCGGCUCAUGAGCCUCCCGCCCGAACUGAGGAACCUGCAGAGUCUGCGCUGCCUGUGGGUGGAGAGCAACUACUUCCAGAGAUUUCCCCGGGAGCUCUACGACCUGCCCCACCUCAAGUCCCUUCAGAUCGGGGACAACCGGCUGAAGACGCUGCCUCCUGACCUCUGGCGCAUGGAGGCUUUGAGGGGAUUAUGGCUCUACGGGAAUCGCUUUGAAACCUUCCCCAGGGUCCUGCUGCGCAUGGAGCACUUGGAGAUUUUAGACCUGGACCGCAACAAGAUCUCAGAGUUUCCCAGCCUGAAGCGCCUCCAUGCCUUGCGCCUCUUCUCCUAUGACCACAACCCAGUGGAAGGCCCUCCGAAAGUGGAUGAUGAAGUGCUGGUGGUAGGGGAAGGCGCUGCGGAGUUCUUGGAGGCACGCGAGGCCAGGAAAGAGAGACUCAGAAAGGCUGCAGAGCAGGAGGCUGAGGAGCUGGCUCUUGUAGGAGAGGAGCCAGUGAUUCACGGCAUCCUCAAGAACAGCAACUCUAACUCCAAACAAGCUGUGGUGACUGUAGAGGAGGCGGACAUUAAGGAGGAGGCGGCAAAGGAGGAGGAGGAGGGUGUGGAGCAGCCUUUCACUGAGUAUGAAGGAGCUGAGCUGGAAUAUGACGAGGAGGGGGUUGAGUAUGAGACAGAGGAGCUGAUAUGUGAAGGAGAGGGGUUUGAGUAUGAGGGGGACGAGCUGGAGUACGAGAGGGCUCAGAUGGACUACGAGUACGAGGAGCUGGAGGACGACACGAGGAGACAAGAUGAGAGGGCCUGA